GACGUGACGACUUUUUCACCCCCGCUGCCGGGCUUUUGCCUGGCACAUUAGACUCAUCACCAUCACUAGCCGUUGCUCUCGUGGUUUUACUUAUACCGGGAAAUAGACGGCUAAAAAUGAGCAGUAGGACAUUAAGAUUGUAAAACAUCUCUGUGACUUAAUACGGUUUUAAUAGAAAACUAGAACUAUGGUGGCUAUUUGAGAAGGGAGAAAGAUGCCACAAAAAGACACGCUACUGCAUCUCUUCGCCGGGGGAUGUAGUGGAACAGUGGGGGCCAUCGUGACCUGCCCGCUGGAGGUGUUGAAGACGCGGUUGCAGUCCUCUGGCCUCGCCCUCCGGCCUGUCUUCCAGGUCCAGCUGGGCACUCUCAGUGGCACUGGAGUCAUCCGACCUGGGACAGUUAGUCCUGGGCUGCUGCAGGUUUUACGAUCAAUUCUUGAAAAAGAGGGCCCAAGUUCUCUUUUUCGUGGACUAGGACCGAAUCUUGUUGGUGUUGCCCCUUCAAGAGCCAUUUAUUUUGCUGCUUACUCAAAGUCAAAAGAGAAGUUCAAUCGGCUGUUUGUCCCAAACAGCGGACUGGUGCACAUGUCCUCAGCUGGUGUUGCAGCUUUUGUUACAAAUUCUCUGAUGAAUCCCAUCUGGAUGGUGAAGACCAGGAUGCAGCUAGAGAAGAAAGCCAGAGGAGAGAAGAAAAUGAACGCGUUGCAGUGUGCUCGCUAUGUUUACAAAACGGAGGGAAUCCGGGGCUUCUACCGCGGCCUGACCGCCUCCUACGCCGGCAUUUCGGAGACCAUGAUCUGCUUCCUCAUCUACGAGACGCUGAAAAAACACCUCGCUGAGAGCCAGUUCGCCUCCCCGAACGGCGUGAAGGGCAAAGGAGCAUCGGAUUUCUUGAGUCUGAUGAUGGCGGCUGCUUUUUCCAAGGGUUGUGCAUCCUGCGUAGCCUACCCACACGAGGUCAUCCGAACACGGCUGCGUGAAGAAGGCAGCAAGUAUAAAUAUUUCUUCCAGACAGGAAGGUUAAUCGCUGUGGAAGAAGGUUAUGCAGCUUUUUACAGAGGACUCAUUCCACAAUUAAUCAGACAAAUCCCCAACACAGCCAUCGUUCUCUCCACCUACGAACUCAUCGUCCACCUGCUGGGAGAUUCCAAGUGAUGACACGUUUGAAAGCUGGGACUUGUUUGUCAGAAGUCACACAAACCACACAACACGCUGGACGGGGGACGUUUGAAAAUGUAGCACAAAUAUUCUUUUGAAGUGGUGCUACACAGACUGUUGCGAUGAAACUAGCAGCUUGUACUGUUUGUCUAAAGAGUUCUAUACACUUAAUUUAAUUCAAAAGGAGGUUAUCAACACAGGAAUUCACGCUACGGAUUAAAACUCCAAUCCUGUGGAUAAAGGUCAUCUAUGUAGAAGAGCAGUUUUAUGUUAAAUAAAUUAUUUUUGUUUUAA